AUGAAGAGAAGGCAGUGCGAGUGCGAGGACGAGUCGGCCACAACAAGGCUUAAGGGGAUGGAGCAGGGCCCGGAGGAAAAGUCUUACUUGUGGGGUUCUCAAGACUUUUCAAAACCACCCAGCAGACAGUUUUUCCUCCCGAUACACCGCAAGCAGAAAUACAAUAUGUUCAUGAGGAUCAACAGCAGUUGUGAACACAAUCCUCGUCAGCUUGGGAACCUGGUCUUGUUAGCAAGGCCCUGUCACCAGAAAUCCACUCUGCUGCAGGGGCAAAAGUUUGAUGGUGGGGAAGAUGGACAAGUAGAACUAUUUUCGUCAGAAAAUGGGAUAUUCAAGCUUCAGUUCGACUAUGUCAGCCCGUUAGGUAACUUCUCCAACCUCUACCUGGGGAUAUGGUACAAUUACCAGGACGGACCCCCGGUUUGGAUUGCAAACCGGAACUCCCCGUUUCGGCUCGAAUCUCCAGCGCUUACAAUUGACAACACUGGCAGCUUCAAGAUCCUGCAUUCAGGUCGUGAACCCUUCAUCCUAUAUGAGUACGAACCAGCAACAAAUAAUAGUCAUAAUACAAGUGCCACGCUGGAAGAUUCAGGGAAUCUAGUACUCCACCAGCUCAAUCCUGAUGAUGGGUCAAAGGAAAAGAUCCUCUGGCAGAGCUUCGAUCACCCAACAGAUACACUUCUCCCUGGGAUGAAAAUUGGAAUCUACCACAAAACUGGCAGAAUUUGGUCAUUAACUUCGGCUAGAAGCACACUUUCACCUGCUGCUGGCUCAUUUACUUUCGGCAUGGAUCCUAAUGCUACCACUCAGUUGGUGAUUUGGCAGAGAGGGAAAGUGUUUUGGAGAAGUGGGGUUUGGAAGAAUGGAGGAUUCUCUGAUAUGAGGAAGGCUUCCACCUUCAAUCGGGCGUACAAUUUCAGCUACUUCACCAGUGAGAACGAAACAUACUUCCACUACUCGUUAGUGGAUAGAGCCAUCAGCCUUUUCCCUUUGUUGUCAAUAGAUGUUGAUGGUUCAAUUAGGGGCUUCAGGUAUGGUCGUGACUCCGUGCAAGUUUAUUGUGGCCAGCCGUACAACGGGAUAGGCUGUGUGCCUUUGGAGAUGCCUGAAUGCAGAAUCAGCAAUGGUGAACUAAAAUUUGGGUUCCACUCCCAUGUGGGUUUCAUGUCCAGAGAAGGAUUCAGGUACAGCAACACUGAAAAUCUGACACUAGAGGAUUGCAAAGGAAUGUGCUUGAGCGCCUGUUCUUGUGCUGCAUAUGCUACUUCCAAUGAAGAUCGCACUGGCUGUGAAAUUUGGAACUCCACGUUCAGCUUCAGGGAGUCUCCAUUUUCAGAUCAUUCGAGGUUUAUAUACUUCAGUGACCAAGAUCAAGGUGACAGGAAGAUCAAUUUGAAGAAUUUGUUUGGCAUAAUGGACCAAAAUGCAUUGCCUAAGACAUUGAAUGGCAUGGCUGAAACACUGGGAGAUUACAACACCCAUAACGUACUGAGAUGCAUUCAUAUUGGUCUAUUGUGUGUUCAAGAUCAACCCACAGAUAGGCCUACUAUGUCUGAUGUUGUGGCCAUGCUGUCCAAUGAGACGUCGGAGCUUCCCGACCCAAAGCAGCCUGCAUUUUUGGCGAGUGCAGUGGUGGAGGAGAUUGAUGUUUUGGAGCUCAAUGACCAGAAUUGUUCCAGAAACACUGUGACCAUCACUGUAAUGCAGGCAAGAUAG